CCCUCAGGGACACAGAUGAAGAAACUGAGCCUCGCUGGGGUGGAGUCCCCGGUCCCACGUCAGCGCGCUAAGCCAGAGGCAGAGCCGCGGUCCGGGGCCAGGGCUGGCUGCUGGCAGCACCCAGGCCUACCUGGCAAUCCUGCUCCGCAUCUGGUUAGAGGAGCGGGGAGGGCACGACAGGAAGCAGAUCGGCCCGAUAAACACAAGCCCAGAGACGUCGGGGAUUGUCUCUCGACUCUGCCCACCUGGAAACCGAGGUGGCUGGGGUCUGGGAAGGCGUCGGACCCAGGUCACACAGCCACCUGCCCCAGCCUGUCACAGCUGCCACCACCACCACCACCGCCACCACCACCACCGCGGGUCCCCGGAGCCCCAGCUCCAGAGCCUCCCUGGCAGGUGGUUCUGUACCAGAAGACACGCAUGCUCUGCGGGGCAACCCUCGUCGCCCCCAAAUGGCUCCUGACAGCGGCUCACUGCCUCAAGCCCCAGUACAUAGUGCACCUGGGGAUGCACAGCCUGCAGCGGCACGACGGCUGGGAGCAGACCCGGAGGGCCACCGAGUCCUUCCCGCACCCCGACUUCAAUAACAGCGUCCCCAACAAGGACCACCGCAACGACAUCAUGCUGGUGAAGAUGGCAUCCCCGGUCGUCAUCACCUGGGCCGUGCGGCCCCUCCGGCUGUCCUCCCGCUGUGUGGCCCCGGGCACCCGCUGCCUCAUCUCCGGCUGGGGCACCACCUCCAGCCCCCAGUUGCACCUGCCCCACAGCUUGCGAUGUGCCAACAUCACCAUCAUCGACCACAGGGAGUGUGAGAACGCCUACUCGGGCAACAUCACGGACACCAUGGUGUGCGCCAGCGUGCGGGAGGAAGGCAAGGACUCCUGCCAGGGUGAUUCCGGAGGCCCUCUGGUCUGCAAUGGGUCUCUCCAAGGCAUCAUCUCGUGGGGCCAGGACCCGUGUGCCGUCAGCAGGAAGCCUGGGGUCUACACCAAGGUCUGCAAAUACGUGGACUGGAUUCACGAGACGAUGAAGAACAACUAGCUGGCACCAGCUCGCCAGCCUCACCCCCCACAUCCCGUCCGUGUGUGCGUGCGUGGUGAUGUGCCGCCUGUUCCUUCUGCUCCUCACGAAGCCUGGGCCUGGGCCCGGACCCCUUCCCUCGUCCUCUGGGCUUCCUCGGCCGGAUCGAUGCCAACGCACAAUAAGCAACUUGUCCGAGCGAACGAGAACGGAAUUCAUGAAUGUGGGACUCUGGGGGUGAUGACGGGGUAGCUGUUUGGUUCAUGGUUGUAUGUAUCCCCCCUCAUCCCAAAGACAGUUCCUGGCACACGAUUUCAAUAAAUAUCUAGGACAU